AUGAGUCAACCGAUCUAUGAUUCUAGACAAGGUGGCUUUCGUGUAUUCAUUGGUAAUUUAGGUGCACGUACAAAUAUAUCUGAUUUACAACAUGAAUGUGAACGAUACGGACCUUUAGUUGAUUGUUGGGUAGCACGCAAUCCACCAGGAUUUGCAUUUGUACUUUAUAAAUAUGGUGAAGAUGCUGAUUCAGCUGUUCGCAAUAUGGAUGGACGUAUGAUUUGUGGACAACGUGUACGUGUAGAACAUGCUAAAGCACGUUCAGGAAAUUAUCGAAAUGCACCAGCAUAUGGUAGCUUUCGUGGUGGAGAUGGUGAUGAUGAACAUGGUAGUGGUCGAGAUGAUGAUCGAAGACGUCCACGUCGUCGUUCACGUGAUCGUCGUUCACGUUCUCGUAGUAGUAGUCAUGGCCGUUCGAAAAAGAAAUCAUCUCGCCGUCGACGUAGUAGCCGUGAUUCCAGUCGUGAAAGUAGUCGAGAUCGUAGUUCUAGACGCAAACAUAAGAGUCAUUCACGUGAUCGAAGUGAUUCGGAUGAUUCAAGUAGUGAUCGUGAUAAGAAACGUUCGAGACGUCGUCGAACAAAAUCAAAAUCACCAACUGAUAAGAAAAGUACGCGUUCAAAACGUCAUUCAUCACGAUCAGAAUCGAAAGAUAAAGAUGAUGAUGAUCAAACAUCCAAUCAUUCAAAAGAAGGUUCAACAUCACCAAAACGUGAUCGACCCAAUACUGUUGAUGAUGAUAAUGAAAGCGAUCAACCAAAAUCAUCACGUCGUAAAUCUGAUGAUAGUGAUGGAAGUGAUAAUGAAACUAAAAAAGCUACUCGUCGUAAUUCAGGAGAUGAAGAUAUGGAUGAUGAUAAAGAUGAACAUGAAUCAGAUCAUUCAAAUAAUGAUAGCCACGAUCAAAAUUAA